AUGGCUCGAUUUCUACAAGGAGUGAGAAGCAAAAGGAUUCUUAGCGAACUUCAACAAGAUAAUUUGGUAACAAACCUAAGACAUUCUACUGCUGAGGAAAAUGAACAGAUAUUUGGACAUCAACACGAAAUGUCUGAAGAUAACAUCAACACGCCUUUUUCUGGCAAUUGCUGUAGUCCUGAACAAAGCGAUCUCAACCCUAAUGCCAACCCAAAGGAAGCUAUCAACGCCAACAUCAAUGUUUUAAGUCCACCAGAAAUCUGUAGCUUUGAACCCACAGAAAUCUUUGACAAUAAUGAUUACGAAUCUACUUCUUUAUAUUCAAGCACUCGUCGUCGUCUCGUAGUAAGAUCGAAUCUACAUGAGAUGAUGUUUACCAAAUUCCUGAAGAUAGAAAUUUUGCUGAAGUAUAGUCGAAAACGUCGUCACAAUGCUGACCCAAAAUCUUGGAAAAGGAACAAGGCUUUUUUGAAGCCAAUGCGAGGUGAAGAGUAUCUAGGAUAUUCUAAACCAAAAGAUAGGAAGUUCCAACAAGAUACUGUAAGACAAGCAAGACGGCUAAUACCAACUUGCGUCUCCAAUUUUUGUAAGAAGAGUAAGAAAAACAGAGCUAGACAAGAAAAAGAAGAGGACAAGAAAAAAGCAGCUGCUGGAGAAUUUAUAUAUGGAUUUAGAGGCUGUGAAGUAACCAAGCACUGCAGUUGUUAUUGGUUCGACGAAACUUCUGCUGAUUUAACGUCUAGCACUUUUGCGAUGUUUUUAAUUGAUUAUUUAGAAAGACAUUGUAUUCCACAUCAGUUACCAAUUGUUAUUUACUCCGACGGGUGCACAUACCAGAAUCGUAAUUGUGUGCUGGCAAAUGAACUGCUCCUUUUGAGCAAGAAACAUAACGUAAUCAUAACGCAAAAAUUUUUAGAACCAGGUCACACUCAGAUGAAGUGUGACUCGGUUCACAGUACUAUUGAGCGAAAACUCAAAAAUCGGGAAAUACAUUUGCCUAGUGAUUAUGUCACGAUUACUAAAGAGGCACGAAGAACUAACCCUUAUGAAUCAAUUAAUGUAGAUCAUGAAUUUGUUAAAGAUUAUGCCCGACCUGAAAAUAUGCUUUAUAAAAGUAUUCGACCAGGCCGCAAAGCUGGCGAUCCACAGGAUACGCAGGCCGCAGCCGCAGCCCUAACAUCCUUAGGCCACGUGUACACCGCCAUUGGAGACUAUCCCAACGCCUUGGCCAGUCAUAAGCAAUGCGUUCAACUAGUCAAACAGAUGGGAGAUCGUCUACAAGAAGCACGAGAAAUAGGAAAUGUUGGCGCUGUUUAUCUGGCGAUGGGAGAAUUUGACUCCGCUGUGGACUGUCACACGCAACAUCUACGACUUGCAAGGCGUCUUGGCGAUCAGGUAGAAGAAGCAAGAGCCUAUUCGAAUCUAGGCUCGUCAUACCACUACAGGCGAAACUUCUCUCAAGCGAUCGCCUAUCAUGAAAACGUAUUGAGAAUAGCACAGAACCUAGGUGAUCGAGCCAUUGAGGCUAGAGCCUACGCUGGUUUGGGUCACGCAGCAAGAUGUGCUGGUGAUUACGCUCAAGCUAAGAAAUGGCAUGAAAGACAAUUGGACGUUGCCUUGGCGGCAAGAGAUAAGGUAGGUGAAGGCAGGGCUUGCUCUAAUUUGGGCAUCGUAUAUCAACUGCUCGGGGAACAUGACGCCGCAUUAAAACUACACCAGGCACAUUUAUCAAUUGCGAGACAACUGCAGGACAAGGCAGGAAUGGGUCGAGCAUAUGGGAACAUAGGCAAUGCAUACUCAGCGGCGGGCUUCUAUGAGCAAGCUAUAAAGUACCAUAAACAAGAGCUAACCAUAUCGAAGGAGGUCCAUGACAGAAGUUCGGAAGCAUCCACUCACGGGAAUUUAGCGGUGGCAUAUCAAGCGUUAGGCGCUCACGAUAUGGCGCUAUUUCAUUACCGAGCACAUUUAGGUAUUGCUCGCGAGUUGAAAGAUGCAGCGGGUGAAGCUUGUGCUCUUUUAAAUCUCGGUAACUGCUUAUCCUCUCGAGGAGAAUUCGCGCAGGCGGUGCCGUACUAUGAGCAGCAUCUCAUGCUUUCACAAGAACUGGGUGACGUCACUGCUGAGGCGAAAGCAUGUCAUUUUCUGGGCUACGCGCACUAUUGUCUAGGAAAUUACAGAGAGGCUGUAAGAUACUACGACCAAGACCUUUCACUUGCUAAAGACCUCCAAGACAAAAUGAACAUGGGCAGAGCAUACUGCAACCUCGGCCUGGCUCACUUAGCCCUCGGCAACUUGGAGACAGCACUAGAAUGUCAGAAAUAUUUCCUGGCUAUAGCCCACAUGACUCAGCAUCUUCAAGGAAAAUUUAGAGCUUUGGGUAACAUUGGCGAUGUGUUGAUCAAGAUGGGUGACGUGGAAGAAGCCGUGAAGAUGUACCAACGACAGCUUAGGUUUGCUAGAGAGGCUCGUGAUCGCUCGUUGGAAGCAGCUGCAUGUGGGGCGUUAGGACUCGCGCGGCGUCUACAGAGAAGACUUGACGCGGCCUUAGGACAUCAUACACAAGAACUAACAUUGCGUCAAGAAGCAGGCGACGCGGCCGGUGAGGCAAGAGCUCACUCGCAUCUCGGAGCUGUCCAUAUGGCGCUUGGUCACUACUCACAUGCUGCGAGAUGUUAUAGAGAGCAACUGGAGAGAGCUCAAGAACUUCAAGACUGUGCUCUGGAGGCGCAGGCUUAUGGAAACCUGGGCAUUGCGAAACUAAAUAUGGGACAUUAUGAAGAUGCAAUAGGAUAUUUAGAGCAGCAACUGGCAAUACUCGAGCGAGUGAACACACCAACAUGUCAAUUAGACAAAGCGCGUGCUCUGGGUUCUCUUGGCGAUUGCUACGAUGCCCUCGGCGACCCCGACGAGGCCAUCAAGUACCACGAACAACACUUAGCAGCUGCGCUCAAGCUAGACAACGCCAGAGAACAGGAGAGAGCUUAUCGUGGACUAGGACUUAGUCACAAAUCAGUCGGAAAUCUUCAACAAGCUUUAGUAUGUCUCGAAAAGCGCCUAGUGGUAUCCCAUGAGCUGGGCAUACCUGAAGCGAAAGCACAGGCGUACGGAGAACUUGGUGCACUCCACAUCGCACUCAACAAUUUAGAGCAAGCUGUAUCUUGUCUGGAGCAUCAGAAAAAUAUUGCUAAGGAGCUGAAUAACCAAAUAAUGGAGGCGGAGGCGUGGCACUCGCUGGGCGUCGCGCAGCAGGCGUUGGGCGAGCACGCGGCCGCCGUGCGCCACCACCGCGCCGAACUCGAGCUCGCGCAUCGCCUUGGCCUCACGCACCUGCAGGCACGCGCUUGUGGCGGUCUGGGCACGGCGCAUGCGUCGAUGGGCGCGCACGCCGAGGCAGCGCGCUGGCACGAGUCUAGAUUAAGACACGCAACCGCAUCCGGAGACACCAGAGGUCGCGCCAACGCUUUAGCCGACUUAGGAAGGUCCCAUUUGGCAAUGGGUGCCUGUGGUAGUGCAGUGUCUUAUCUAAGACAGGCAUUAGCAGCUACAGAAGGACUGUCUGAUGCUGAUGAAGAGGCGAAAGUCCGUCAUCGCCUCGGUUUCGCGCUUUGGGCUUCUGGAGAGCUAGAGGAAGCUAAGGAACAGCUACAAGCUGCUCUCACCGUGCUGGAGUCUGGACAAGAUAAACAGCGCGAUAGAAAGGUGGCAGCGCUCUACACUUCCACGCAACACGCUCUGCAGCGAGUACUUGUUGAAUUGGGUCGUCAUCCCGAAGCCUUGGUGAUAGCGGAGCGUGGUCGAUGCCGCUCCCUGGUCAUAAUGAUGGACAAGCAGCCUGGUACUUUAAACCAGGCUAAUCUGGAACUUCACACAGCACAAAGAAAUCUGACUGAAGAUGGUAAUAAAGAAAGAUUGGAAUUGUGGAGUCCUUCUAACGUGGAGCAAAUUCUAGAAGUUGUGAACAAACAGAAAGCACCCGUACUGUACUACAGCUUGGCCGCUGGGAAAUUAUACGCUUGGCUGCUGCAGCCGCAUAAGGGUAUACUGCGAUUUCACCAAAUGUCCCUUCAUGAUCAGAAUGAGGACAGUGAUAAUAGUCUACCGGAUAUUAGCCCUGAUGAUCUAGAAGCAAGUGCAGGUUCAUUGGGCAAGCUUGAGCGUUACAUUAGCGAGUGGUCUGUGUGGUUGAAAACCGCAGAGGGCAGGAACGAAGAGGACCAAUGGGAUCCCGAUGAAAGACCCAAUGCAGCACUCGCUAGAAUGGUGUCACGCAAUCACCUUCUGAACUCGUCCAAUUACUCACUCAGCUCGCUGUUCAGCGUGGGUUCGGUCGGCGGGUCAGUAGCUGGCUCGGUCGCCAGUUUACAGGGAUCUACAAGGUCCAGUGCACAUGGUCCCCGAAAAAAACAACCAGCGUGGCAAGGACCACCAUGUCUUAGCAUGCUCUACCAAAUGCUCAUUGCGCCCUUUGAAGACCUGCUGCCCGCCUCCUGCAAUAAUAAUCAUGCGUCACACGGUCGUCGCGGUUGCGGUGGGCGGCGUGAGCUUGUGGUGGGAGUGGAGGGUGCGCUGUACGCGUGCCCGUGGGGCGCGCUGCGAGCCAACGCUGAUGCAGAGCCGCUGUGCGAGCGGUACGCGCUUAUGGCCGCGCCCGCGCUGCGCCCACUGCGGCACCCAAGACACACGCGAGCGCGCGUCGACCGCGAACACGGUUCAUCAUCAGCCAAUGCAGCGGAAACAGGUAUGCGUUGCUUGGUUGUGGGCGGGCCACGUGUAGGCGGCACACGCUGGGCCAGUGUGCACGCCCAGCUCAAGGAAGCAGAGCUCGUUGCCGACAUGCUGCGAGUCACACCGCUUACAGACUAUCAAGCAUCUAAGGAAGCUGUUCUGGCACAGUUGCCUCAAGCAGAAUGCGUACACUUCGCCACUCAUGUUUGCUGGAAAACACCGGGCAUCGUCCUAAGUCCAGGAGAGGUUGUUGAUUCACAGGCAAAACGUCUUCUGAAUACAAGCGUAGGCAGCGGUGCUGCUGAUACCUCAACCGAAAAUGAGGAAGAAAACUCUGAACUACCGCAAAGUAACGAAGAACUGCCUCCUACUUCGGAGUUUAUGCUGACUGCUUCCGAAAUUAUGAAUAUGAAAAUAACAGCCCGAUUGGUGGUAAUAUCGUGCGCCCCAUCGAGCGCGGCUUUGAGCGAGCAAGCGGAGGGUGAGGGAGCGGAGGUGACGGCGGCGAGCGGCGGGGUGUCGCGCCUGUGCCGCGCGCUGCUGGCGGCCGGCGCGCACGCCGUGCUGCUCGCGCUGUGGCCGGCGCCGCAGGACACCGCCACGAAGAUCCUGUACCGCGCACUCUACUCCGCGCUGCUGCAGGGCAGCCGUGUUGCCAAAGCUCUGGGCGACGCGAUGCAGACGGUGCGGCACACAAAGCACUUCGCACACCCGGCGCACUGGGCGGGACUCGCGCUGCUGGGCGCCAACGUGCGACUCAGCAACAAGGUCGCGCUAAUGGGUCAGGCGCUUUGUGAGCUUCUCGCCGCGCCUGACAAAUGCCGGGAUGCAUUACGAGUCUGCCUGCACUUGGUAGAGAAAUCUCUACAGAGAAUCGUGAGAGGGCAGAAAAACGCCAUGUAUACAACACAAAAGAGCAUCGAAAAUAAGGCUGGACCUGCAACCGGGUGGAGAGAACUUUUGAUGAGUGUUGGUUUCAGAUUUGAACCAGCGGCAAAUGGCAUACCAUCGAGCGUGUUUUUCCCUCAAAGUGAUCCCGAAGAAAGAUUGACCCAAUGCUCAGCCAGCUUACAAGCUCUACUGGGAUUAACUCCGACGACACUUCAAGCACUUUCGAAACUAAUAUCUAACGGAGAUGUGGCUGAUGAAAUUAUUGGUGUGAUCCGAUCUGUCAUAUCGCAGUUUUCUGUCAAAAACUCUGAAAGCGACACCAUUGAAGUAGCAGUGAACGUGCGGCUUUGGCGUGUAAACGGCUGCCAUGAACUGCUGGCAUCAUUAGGCUUCGAUCUGGCUGAAGUUGGGCAAGAUGAAGUAACUCUGCGUACUGGAAAGACGGCAAACAGACGACAUAUACAAUUCGUGUUGCAAGCUUUGCUCGCUCUCUUUGAUACCCAAGAAGCUCCUCGCAGUCUUAGCUUAGAAUCAAGUUCAAGUGUGGAAUCCCUGGCGUCUAUAGACGAUGGUGAUUUAGAACCUCACUCUGAUGGUGAAUCCCCACCAAGAGAACAUAGACAAGAGAGCGUUUCUUCGGUUCCACCCCCUCCACUACCCUUGGGAUCUUGUGGCGGAGCAUUCACUAUGUAUGUAAGAGGAACUACAUCCAAUACUGAAGUUGGCCGUGGUGAACCUGAUGGUAGAACUGCUCCUCCACCCGCACCACCGCCUCCAAGAUACCGUGGUGAAAGUGACGCAGCUUUUACACCAUCACCACCCGCAGCCCCGCCAUCAACAUCAACUGCACCACAAAGAGAUGUAUCACUAGCGUUAGCGCAUCAAACGAAGAUCAGAACACUUUACACAAGGAGACCCCCUUCAACUGAUGAUUCAGACUGGGAAAGCUCUGGCCACGAUACUGUCUUAAGAAGACGUCCCGAGCACUCUCACACUAGAUAUUUAGAUGCUUUCUACGAUCUAGCAUCUGCACAACCCAGAAGAACUGAAGAAGAAAAAACCGAUCAAGCCAUGAACCAACCUUCAACUUCGAAGAGAGUUGCUCGACCAAAGAUGGGUACAAGCAGUAGAGACUCCAUGGCGCAAGUUCGACACAUGAGUGGAGAACUUACUCCCACAAUUUCAGAGGUUUACCAUGAAAGAAAUAUUGGUUUAGGUCUUGCCCCACCUUUAGCUGAAUUAUUGCUAGCGGAAGAAUCCAAAAGUGAAAUGAGGGCUGCCAGUUCAAGUGAAAAUCUACUAUUACAAAAUCUAGAGAAACUUGGGCUUUUAGGUGACACAAGCGAAAAUGAAGAAAGAUGGUGCGGUAAUAAUACAUCAAGACCUUGGCUCUCAGCUCCACCCUUGGAAACUGAUGUUCAAGGCUCGGAUCUAACAACUGCAGAAAUAAUUGAGCGUCAAGCAAAGUUCAAAAAGGAUGUGGAGCCCAAGCGUAAGGAAGAGAACGCUUACGAGUUGAAACCUAAAGAAGAGGCUCCAGGGCCAAGUGGCUUAGAAAAAAGGUCUGUGUCUCCAUUUUCCGAGCUUUCGCGUAGAGAUGAAGGCGAUGGAAGAAGCAUAGCUGAUUCACAUUCGUCAUAUAAAGCGCUAGUGCUAAAUCCACGAACACCGUAUUUGCCUGAAGAGGGAGAGGGUGGAAUUAUUACAGCUACUGAGGGAGGAAAAACACAUCCAAGGCCUCGUCGGCCAGGACUACCACGGACGAGAACAGCAUAUACUACACUUGACUUUCCACCCAAUAAAUGA